AAAACCCACCCUCACCUAAUGCCAUUUAAACCCAUGGGCCAAACGCCCCUUAUGGUGUGAUCAAUGGCACACAUACAGUCGUCCCGACUGGAUUGGCUGGCCUUCCUUGGCAUUGCGUGAUCUCAUAGCAAGAGGCUUGAGCCUAUUCAACGAACUCAUAUAAGAGAGAGAGAGGAUGUUGUUCCUGAGCUGGAAGCGGCCAUCUCCUCAACAACAGAAAAUCUGCAUUGAUAAGUCGGGAGGGUUCAAUUACGACAUCAAAUACGAAGGCGCUUCUUCCAAAACUCUAACUUCCUCCCAAAAACAAGAACUCUCCAAAGAUGGAUUUUUCGUAAACGAGGCCCGCAUCCUACUUGGCUCUGGCCUUUCUACUUACAACCAUGCCAAGACCGCUCUCCUUACCUGGAGGCAUUUCAGCUUGAAAUGGGCAUUUGUCGAUCCCAAGACUUCCCUCCAGACCGGAACCAAGUUCUGUGUCUGCGUCAAGGAGUUUCUCCCUUGGAUCAUGAUGCCCCUUCAAGUAGCCUAUGUUUUUGACGAAAGCAGCAGCAACAGCAGUGCCGCUGAUCGCAAGCUCACCAAGGCCUCUUUUGGGUUCGGUAGCGGUACCCUUCAUGGCCAUUUGCUGGCUGGAGAAGAGCGGUUUUCAGUCGAAUUAGAUGAGAAAAACCAGGUCUGGUAUGAAAUCCUUUCAUUCUCAAAGCCUGCACACCUUUUGUCAUUUAUUGGGUACCCAUAUGUCCAGCUAAGGCAAAAGUACUUCACUCAGCAAUCCAUGCAAUCUGUUGUGAAGCAUGUCAAUGCUCAACAGUGCGCAAUGUAAUAGCAUCACUGAUAUUUUUGUAUUACAACUGCUUAUAUUAUAUCAUCAAUAUACCAAAGUGUAUGGGAAAUGGAUACACAUGCAGACACCCAAAGCAUUCAUCAGAACUCUGAUGUUGGUUCCUACAAUUAUAUGAUUUCUGAGAUCUUCAAUAUGUAGCAUGUAUUUGGAUUCCUGAUUUAAUAAACCAUAUGCCUGUUUGGAAUU